CAAGAAACGCUUGAUAUUGACCAUUUGACAGCGAACAUUGAUUCUAUCCAAAUUCUUCCGUUUCACAAUCAAGUAUAGUACUGGACAACCCAUAUACGUAUCAAAAGGUAUAAUCAAGUCACUAUUUGGAUUGAGGCAGUUUAAGGAUUAGAGAACAGGCGCGCAAGUAUAAAAAUGGCGCUCGUAGGGCCGAAGUGCUCGGUAGUCCUUCUUCUUCUCAGCGUUUGGGGGAUAUUGAUGCUCUGGGUGUUCAUUUGUAAUGAAUUGGCUGUAAUUUAUAAUGGUUGGCACGAAUCAGUUAUAAUCACAUACUUUAAUGUUCUCCAUUUUAAAACCUGUUAAAUAAGAUGGGCCAAGAGUCACCUUUUUGUCAAAUUCGUUUCUAUAUGGAAACUGAGGAAAAAGCCGGUGAUUUUAGUUUUCAGUUCUUUAAUUCACGAUAAUCCUACUGUCAGUCUAAAAGUUUAAGUGAACUAUAUAAACCUAAAAAUCUUCAUGAUGUCUACAUUUUGUUGCAAAUGCUGGAGCUCAACAAACGGGCGUUUUAUUCUUAAGUUAAGUGAUAUUUCAACAAUCUAUCCAUUCAUGUGAAGUGUAACUUGUUUAAUUUCAUUAUCAAAAACCGAAUAUACAAAAUACAGUACCUCGAUUUAUCGAUUUUUGAGUUCGUACAUAACUAUAUCCCGUAAGUGGGGAAUAUUUCCCUCUUUACAAACGACAAGGUUUUAGUUUUAUAUUACUUCUCAGCCCAUAACCUGGAUUCCUUAAGUUCUUUGAGUUGGCUAGUUUUCUGUGUGAUCUUUAUUGAUUACCACCACCCUUACCUGUGCAUAUUUUCUUUUCCUCAAAAAUCCUCGUGACUAAAACCACACCUACAGUAUCUUGGGCUUCUGAUGCAGUUACAUGUACGAACAAUACAGGCAUCCGCAAUAGUUCUAACGCACUAGAACAGGAUACUUAGUUGCACGUUGUGUCUUCUGAACCAUAUCCUUUAAUCCCUAGUAUCUCAAAUUGUCAAUGCACGGUAUAUUUCCGACAUGGAUAUACAAAAUUCAAAUGUAGCCAUGCACCGCGUGUAGUACUUAGCACAUAGGUCCCGUAAGAUUCACCAUGUGGUUUGGAAUUUUGUGACGCAUUCGUCUGAGGACAUGUACCUGAUUAUUCAUAAGGGAUUCUUAUUCUAAGUAAUAAACCUGUUACAAAAUUCCAUCUAAUUCAUGUGUUUACGUUUAAAACUGCGAGAUUAAAUUUACUUGUUUACCUUUCCUUCUAUGAACCAAUUCUCUCUCCCUAUAUCAUGUCCUUAUAUGCAGUCUUUUUCCAUAUAUCAUAACCAUUAAAGUAACUGCUUCUAUGGAUUUAAUGUUCAUCUUGUGCCAAUGAGGUAUGCCGAUUUGGGCCAAUGCAUAUAUGUGCUUGGUCUUACGUUUUAGAUAACUGACUGACUUAAAGGAGCAUUCCAUUGUAAAAUGAGGUUACUGAAAGUGUAUUUCUAAAGUCUGCUUAAGCGGUCUUAUUGAAAUAAUGUAAUUUAUUGUUACGAUUUGUUAGAAAAACGACCUGUAUAAAACUAGUGGAUAUUAACAAACUUUUCAAACUAUUGAUACUCAAAAUUUGUCAGAACAUGGGCACGACUAAUAAAGAAGCUGUGUCCAUUGACGAUUUGGAUCUUGUUAAAGUCUUCAGUAAGUUACUCGUUAUACCUUUUCUUGGUAAACUAAUAUAGAUGAACACCAUAGACAAUUAGAUUUACAUACUGUUUUAACUGCACUCUUAAAAAUAGUGAUAUUGUCUGACUUUCCAGAUCGAAAUAGCUAAAACGACAUCCAAACCACUGUCCAGUAGUUGAAACUCAAGUGUUCUAACCACUAAGAUACUCUCUACUUUGCCAUUGAAACAUGUAACUAAAAAUUUCAAUAGGUAAGUGCUGAGUGUCCUUAUUAUGUAAGUAGACAUACAAUCCAGUGACCAUGCUAAAACCACUGACGUUGUCGCAGUCAUACAUAGCCCACACUACAAGCUCUGAUCAGACAUAUUACUUCUGGAACUUCGUAAAAUAUUUCUUUAUCUAAUCAAUGGAGUAUUUAUAGUUUGUGCUUUACUCUAUGGGUAGAUGAGAAAUUAUACGUAGUCAUCACUCAACGUUAUCAGUAAAAUAAAAGGAGCGUGAAUUAGACAAGCUUAAAAGCAUAAUUAUCGUUGCAUUUUGUCCCAAGCGUCGAGCAAUUUGUAUCACAAAUCCACCGUUAUCACUUGUCCACAGGAAAGGUAAACACAAUGUAAAGCUCUCACAUCAAACUUUAGAUAUAAAUCUGUUGGGUCACUAAAAUUUUACUACCAUGCCUUGUGACCAGGAUAUAAUACCUGCUUCUAUACAAUGAGAAAGCUUAACUUCCCAGCACUUUAUUUCAUAGUGGUGGAAGCCUCAAAAAAGCAGAUUUAUUUUUGGUUGAGAUUUUAAAAGUUAGAUAUUUUAGUACCUUAAGUGUGUGUACUGCUAAUACCGUCAUCUUUUUAUUGAAUACUUUAUUUUUCCUGCAGUCAGAUAUAACCAUUAUUCUGCCUUAUAAUGUUCUAAUGCAUUGGAAUAAUUUAUGGUCAUUUACUAGUAUCAGGACUUUAUAUAGAUUUUCUAUUAGUCGGUAGUUCUAACCCUAUCUUGUCUGAUUGUUUUGUUUACAGCUUCUUAUGGGUGUUUUUGCACGCGUAAACUCAGUCGCAUUCUCUGAAGAUAUACCACUAAAUGAAACAGCUUGGGCUGCUAGUGGCUAUGCUCCCUUACAUGUAGAGGAAGCUUAUGUAAUGGUGUCAAAUAACUGUUUUAUAGCUGCUGGGAUCUACGUCGUCCUGCUAAUAUUUUCAGGUGUUCAAUACUAUUUCAAUAAACGAGCUAACUACUUAGCGCAUUAAAGCCAACUAUUCCAUUUACAUAUGCAUAAUAUUUACCAUUUUUGUAAAAUCCUUUCUAAAUUAGAGUGAUUGGUCUACGAAGCUUAGCCGACAAGUGAAGCCCUUAACAUGUAAUUCCUAACCAAUAAACUGUGUCAAAUUGUACUAAUUAUGUAGAUUGCUAUCGUACUCGUUAAUUGUUUGAAAGAUUACUUACGAUAA